AUGCUCUGCGCAAUCUCCGGAGAGGCCCCUCAAGUGCCGGUCGUCUCUUCCAAGAGCGGCAGUGUCUUCGAGAAGCGCCUGAUUGAGGCAUAUAUUGCCGAGAAUGGCAAGGAUCCCGUGAACGGCGAGGAGCUCAGCACCGACGAUCUGAUCGAAGUCAAGUCGCAGCGCGUUGUCCGACCCCGGCCUGCCACCCUCACCUCCAUCCCUUCUCUGCUCAGUGUAUUCCAAGAGGAGUGGGAUGCGCUGGCUCUGGAAACAUAUACCCUGCAGCAGAAUCUGGCACAGACACGACGCGAGCUGAGCGCUGCACUCUAUCAGCAUGAUGCCGCCGUGCGAGUGAUCGCGCGGCUAACGAAGGAGAGGGAUGAGGCCCAGGAUGCGCUUUCGGCGGUGACUGUUGGUGCUACUCGCUCGGGAGCUGGCGGUGAAGCUAUGCAGGUAGACUCCGCGGGCCUGCCCCAGUCGGUGUUGGAGCGGGUUGAGAAUACACAGGCAGCCCUCUCGAAGACUCGCCGUAAGCGCGCAAUCCCCGAAGGCUGGGCCACCAGCGACUCUAUCUCAGCAUACAAGCCCAUUGAUAGCUCCGAGCCUCUUUACCCUGGUGGUCGGGCCCUUGCAGUCAAAUCGACUGGUGAUGUGGCGCUUGUUGGAGGGGUUGAUGGUGUUGUUGGCGUCUACUCCCUCUCCCAGAAGGGUGUAGUGCAGACUCUGAAGACAGACGGCCCUGUGACCGAUGCUACAUGGGCCGGUGACAAGGCCGUUAUUGGAUCGGCCACAGGCUCAGUCAAAGUGUUUGAGAAUGGCAGUGAAGUGGCAAGCUUUAAGUCUCACGCUGGUGAGGUGACUGCUGUUGCCACACAUCCCACUGGUGACCUUGUCGCCUCUGUGGGCGUCGACAAGAGCUAUGUGCUCUACGACUUGGCCACUAACGCGGCCAUUACCCAGAUCUGGAGUGAUGCCGGUAAGACCCGUUCCUUGGUAUUUUCUCAUACUGAACCAAUGACUGACAUGUCUUGUCUAGCUUUUCUGUCUGUACACUUUCAUCCCGAUGGUCAUCUGCUGGCCGCCGGCGAUGCCAAUGGACAUGUUAAGAUCUUUGAUGUCAAGACUGGAGUCGAGGCUGCCGACUAUGUCAUGUCAGGCCCAGUCAAAGAUGUCUUCUUCUCUGAGAACGGUACCUUUUUGGCUGCAGUGGCUGCGCAAUCUACUACCGUCUCCAUCUGGGACCUGCGCAGCUCUAAGGAAACCAAGGUGCUGGACACCGGCAGCCAGGUCAACUCAAUCUUCUGGGAUUACACUGGCCAGUUCCUCCUGACCGGAGGGCCCAGUGGCGUGACCGUCCAGCAGUUCAACAAGUCAGCGAAGGAAUGGUCUGAGCCGCUGCGCAGCGCAGUCCCAGCUGUCUCCGUGGCGUGGGGAUCUGCUGCUCAGAGCAUUGUGGCCCUGAACGAGAGUGGUGCAGUUACAGUGCUGGCAGCAUCAUCAUGA